UGGAAGGUCUGGACUCUCCUUCGUUGGAGGUUUUUAAGCAGAGGUUGGAUGGCCAUCUGUCAUGGAUGCUUUAGCUGAGAUUCCUGCAUUGCAGGGGGUUGGACUAGAUGACCCUCGGGAACAUUUCCAACUCUACAAUUCUGUGAUUCUAUGACUCAUUAAAAGCCUGGAAUGUCUGUCAAAACGAGAGAGUUGUGUAAUGAGUCAUGUAAUGAGGGAGCCUUGGUGGGGAGGGUAUUGAAGAUACGGUAUGACUUCCAGAGCAGCCGCCUAAUCGCUACAGGGCUGCAAAGUCUGUGGGUCACUUCAGCCCAUACCCCGGAAUGGCAAGUUGAGGGGUGGCUCUCAGGACAGCCUGGAUCGGUCCCAGUUAAAGUUAAUCCCUAACAUUGACGUGUGAAUCAUACACUCAGCCUCGUGAAAUCAGGGUCAGAAAGAGCCCCAGGCGCACUUUGUGCUAGAAUACAACCCAGAUGUUUCCUCUCAACUCUCCCCCUUUUAGCACUCUCUGACCCCCUCCACCACCACCAAACCGCUGUCAUCCUUUAACCAGGGCAUUGAUGAUGGACUUUAAAUAUCGCCCCCAAGUGAUGCUUCCUCCCCAGCCGGUUUGUUGGAGGUUGAGACUCACGGGGCAGAAAUAAAGCCCAGCCCCUUUGAGAGGCUCUCAGCAAAGGUUGCCACCAUCAAGAAGGCUUCUCCUAUGGGAUGUACCACACUGCCCUGAGUCGGAAAGAUGUUUAUCUCGUGAUCCAAGGAGAUAAAUUCCAACGCACCUCCGAAGGAGGCCAGGAACCUCCGGUCUUGGCAAGCUUUUAUGGCAACCUCCAAGAGCCAUCUUAGUGGCCAAUGGGUGUCUAGUCCCAUUGCUGUGUUGAUUGCCAGGCAUCCGGUUUUGGUUGCCGGUGAUUGGUAGACUUGUCAUAAACUGAUAACUGCAUCUUAAACCACAGCAUCGUGCUCUCCAGCCAGGCGCAAUGGGUUUUGCCGAGCUCCUGGAACACGUUGGCAGCAUGGGACGCUUCCAGAUCAUCCAUGUGGUCUUGUUGUCCCUCCCCAUUUUCAUGAUGGCCAGUCACAUGAUCCUGCAGAACUUCACUGCAGGUACCCCAGGCCACCACUGCUUGGUCCACCACCCCAAUGGCACUUCCAGGAACCAAAGCCUGGAAGCAGAGGAUCUCCUCAAGGUCUCCAUCCCCAUGGAUGAGAAAGGGCAGCCCGAGCAAUGUCGCCGCUUCAUCCACCACCAGGGGCAGCUCCUGAAUGCCACCAUAGCGAACUGGACCGAGAUGGACACGGAGACAUGCAAGGAUGGGUGGGUGUACGACAAGACGGUCUUCCCAAGCACCAUCAUCACCGAGUGGGACCUAGUGUGCUCUGCGCGAGCUUUGAAGCAGAUGGCUCAGUCCCUCUACAUGGCUGGCGUGCUGGUGGGAGGAAUAGUCUAUGGAGGCCUCUCAGACAGGUUUGGACGGCGGCUGAUUCUCAUCUGGUCCUGCCUGCAACUGGCUGUCACGGGGACGGCCUCCGCCUUCUCCCCCACCUUCAGUGCUUACUGCACCCUUCGCUUCCUGACAGGGAUGGCCUACUCUGGCACUGUCCUCAAUAUCUUCUCUCUGUGUGUGGAAUGGACGCCCACGAGGACCCGGCCCUUGCUGUCAACCUACAACGGCUUGGCCUACACGAUUGGACAGAUGAUCCUGGCAGGGUUGGCCUACCUCAUCCCAGAGUGGCGCUGGCUGCAGCUGACUGUCUCCUUGCCCUAUUUCCUCUUCUUCAUCUACUCCUGGUGGUUUUCUGAAUCAGCCCGCUGGCUGGUGUUGGCCGGGAAGCCAGAGCAGGCUGUGAAGGAGCUGAAGAGGGCAGCCAGGAUGAACGGGAAGCCUGAAGCCAGUGACAAGCUAAAUGUCGAGCUCUUGAGAUCCAACAUGAAGGAAGAAAUGGCAUCCCUGAAAUCCAGCUAUACCAUUGUGGACUUGGUGCGGACUCCAACCAUGCGCAGGAUCUCUUGUUGCCUCUGCUUUGUGUGGUUCUCCACCAGUUUUGCCUAUUAUGGGCUGGUCAUGGACCUCCAGCACUUCGGCGUCAACAUCUACUUGAUCCAGCUGGUUUUUGGAGCGGUUGACUUCCCAGCCAAGUUUAUCUCGGUCCUCACCAUCAGUUACAUUGGGCGCCGGUUCACCCAAGCUGCCACACUCGUCCUUGCAGGGCUGACCAUCCUGGCUAACAUCUUUGUUCCACAAGAUAUGCCCACCACACGGGCUGCCUUGGCUGUCUUUGGGAAGGGGUGUUUGGCUGCCGCAUUCAACUGCAUCUAUUUGUACACUGGAGAACUUUAUCCAACGGUGCUCCGGCAGACUGGCAUGGGUCUAGGCAACACCUUGUCUCGCUUGGGUGGCAUAUCAGCCCCCCUGGUGAAGAUAUUCGGGGAGUACCUCCCUUACCUGCCGCACCUGAUCUACGGUACUGCCCCCGUGGUGUCUGGGAUCGCUGCCAUCUUCCUGCCGGAAACCCGCAAUGCCUCGCUGCCAGAAACAAUUGAGCAAGUUGAGAACAGAUCUCAGGGCCAGAAGGACCCAAAGCAGCAACAGCAAAUGGAGGCCCUUCUCAACACCACCAAUCCUGAAACCACAAAGGAUGCUGUUUAAGGAGAGGAGAGAAUGGCUUGUGGACUGACUUUGGGGGAUGUUCAGUUCUUGCUGCUUGAGGUUAAUCUUACCCUUUGGAAAAAGUCUGGCAUGCUCCGUGCUCUGUGUUCAGAAAGGCAGACUGGAUGGCAUGACUCAAGGGGGCAAAAAUCUGGACUUCCUGUAAUGGGUGGACUUGAUGGUAUUUGGACUCUGAUGCUGUUUUGCUUGCAUUCUUGACCUGCUUUCCUCCAGGCUGAUGAAACUUCAUUUCUAAAAUGUGAGGUGGAAUAUAGGAAGCUGCUUCUUACCAAGCCAGAUCCUACUAGGUCAGUAUUGUCUGCACCAGCCUUUGCCAAACUGGACACCUCUAGAUGUUUGUGGCUCCAACUCCCAUCAGCACAGCCAAUGACCAGGGGCAAUGGGUGAUUCAGAGUCCAAAACAUCGGGGGGGGGG